AGUAAAGGUUUUGUUUUCAAGGUUGACAUGAACGCGGUAAACCGAUUGUAAUAUGCCGAGGCAGCGUUCAUACACUUCAACCGAACAGGACAAGGCAAAGUCAGUCAAUAAAGAAUUUUUUAGUAAGCAAUACAAAUCCUUGAAGACGUAUAUCCGAAGUACUGGCUCUCAUCCUGUUCUCAACUCUGGAAUAUGCUCAUCACAAAGUCCGGGGAUACCUGGAUCUCCUGCUUCAUUAGCCGCAAAGAGAGGGGUCUUUUAUCAAGAUGACAAUGGAAAAAUUAUCAGCUUAACUAAAUCAAGGAAAUCUAAUCAUUCCGACGGCAGUAAGCUGAUCUCUGAUUCGAAAAGUAGAUUGGUACUGGACUUGUCCUCUUUGGGGCUUGACAGCGUUUCUCCGGACAUUGGGAGUCUCAGUCAUUUAAUAGAGCUUUUUUUGUAUGAUAAUAAGUUAACAUGUCUUCCCUUGCAGAUCGGACUUCUGAAGAAUCUCCAGAGAUUAUGGCUCCAAGAAAACUCCCUCACAUUUCUACCAGAUGAGCUUGGUUAUUGUUCAAAACUAACUCAUCUUGAUAUCAGGCACAACAGGCUUGAAGGUUGCAUUCCUGUUGUUAUAACAAAAUUCACUUUAAUGAAACAACUCUACCUGACUUACAAUAAAUUAACAGAUAUAUCUGCUAUUGGUAAUUUAUGUCUUUUACAGACAUUAGUAGUGAAAAGUAAUCAAUUGCAAGGACCGAUUCCAGAUUGUAUUGGAAAUCUUACGCAAUUGAAAACUCUGGAUCUGUCGAAGAAUCGUCUGACCAAAAUUACUGAAAAUAUAGGCAAUUGUAAAUUGUUAUCCCGUUUUCUUGUGGAUUAUAAUCAAAUAGAUGAAUUGCCAAAAUCAAUUGGUCAACUUUCAGAACUUACGGUACUAGGAAUUAAAUAUAACUGCUUAAGUGAACUCCCAGUUACAAUAUGUAAUUGCGAGCAAUUGACCGAACUGAAUAUUGAAGGCAAUCAUAUAACUCAGCUACCGGAAAAUCUACUGUGUCAUUUAAAAGAUUCACUUUCUGUAGUACUAUCUCGAAAUGAUUUCAAUUCUUUCCCAAUCGGUGAUAAAACUCAGUAUAAAAAUGUCAAGCAUUUCAGAUUGGAUUAUAAUCGUUUAGAAAUAUUCGAAGCAGUUCAGCUGUCAGAAAAUACUCAAUUGACUACACUGAACUUAUGCAACAAUAACAUUAUUACUUUGGACUUUACAGGAAUAGAAACAUUGAAACAUCUUGUUGAAUUAGAUCUUUCUUAUAAUCAAAUUGGUCACCUACCUGAUUCAAUUGGCGAGUUAGUAUCUUUAGAAAUAUUAGAUUUGACUAGUAAUCGCUUAGAGGGAUUACCAAAUAGAAUUGGCGAAUUGGUUAGAUUAGUACAAUUGGAAUUAGAAUCCAAUCAAAUCAAAUCAAUUCCUUUAAACAUUGGACAAUUAUGUCAAUUACAAACACUUAAUCUAGAUGUAAACAAGUUAUCUAGACUUCCGUCAACCAUAGGAAAUCUGAACAAUUUAAGGAAACUGAGAGUGAAAGACAAUCUUCUUCAACGUUUACCACCUGAAAUCGGCAAACUGCAAAAUUUAACACAUUUGUAUCUAUCAAAUAACAAGCCACUGGAUUUGCUUCCUAUUGAAUUAGGAAUGCUGCCUUCUCUGCGAUUUCUGGGUAUUGAUGGUUGUAGUCUCAAACAGAUGCCUAUUGAUAUAACAAAAAAUGGAUCAGCCUCCGUCAUUAAGGAAGUUGCAGAAUCUACUAAUUACUUAAAGUUCUCAUAAUGAACUGAUGAUAUCGAAUAAAAAUUUCCCAUUUUUCGACCAAUUUUUGAGUUCUUAUACGUCUCAUAGCCUUUAGAAGUGACAUUUUGGAAGUUUUGAAAAUUCACUGUGCAAUCUCUCACUAAUAUCAAAAGCUGAUUUGUACACGUAAGAUACACUUGUUCUGAUGCUCCGAAUCAUACUUUAUACAAAACAUGGUUUUUUGUGCCUCUUUCAUUGACUUUUAUGGACAAGUUACAAAUCAGUCAGAACUAAUAACAUGGAGUGAAUUAGUUAAAUAGGUUAAGCACUUUGCUUGUCAUGGAAAUCUCAUCAGUCUUAACGGAUUUGUAUCUAAUAAAGUCUCGGUAGAGAUUCAAAAAGAUCAGUCAGUCUUUCAUAAGCUUCUUUACUCACGCUAUAGGCAAGAUGCCCGUUUACUAACUAAAAACAGCGUAUAUUGGUCAAUAAUUCCCACUAUAUUAAUUUUUGUUUGUGAAACACAGUCCUUGGAAGUAGAAGAGAUGCUUACAGUGCAAGCUUUUUUAUCAUAGAUGUAUUUGAGGCAUUUUUCGCUUUUCGUCUAACGAUCGAGUUAGUAGUGUUGAAGCUAUACGUCAGGAACUUGACGUAGAUGAUUCGUCGACUGAUAAAGUUAUUGUAACAACUUAUAUGUUGUUGUAGACUGACAUUAUUUAUCCAAACUAUCAGACAGACUUAACUCAGACAGCAUGUGACUAUUAGGUCAUUUUAACCAUUCUAAUAACCCUUUUGUUUCCUUAACGUUGUGAUUAUCAGCACACAUACCUUUUGUAUUCCUGUUCUUGUAAUUCAACGCCUAUAAAGACGGACUUGUGUGUAUAUCUGUACAAAUAUUAUUUUAUCCAGUGCCAGUCUCUUUGUUGUGCUAUCAGUUUUCUUUGUUGAGUUGUAAUAACAUUUCUUUAUAUUUUGAGUAGGCACAUGUGCCUGACAAAAUGAACGUAUAAAAUAUAAAUAUCCGCAGCACUCGUAUUUGAUGUUUUAUAUCCACUUUGAUAUUGACGGGAUUUUUCGUCGGAACAUGUAUAGUGAAAGUUAGAUACAUAUUUCGUCUACAUCAUUAAUGAUUCCAUGAAUUCAGACAAUGGGCAUUAAGUUAUGAAUCCUUUCUGUUGAGGUUGGUACGACAUAGGUCACCACCAUCUACCUCGACAGUUGCUGUUUUCUGGUUUAGGAGUUAGUCAGAAAAAAGCUAGGACCAGUUAGUGCAGGAUAAGGCACUAGUUCAUGAAGUCAUUGACUGUCGGUCUGAGCCAUGUUGGUAGAUGAAGAGUAUCUUAUUGGGAUCCAUGCGAUAACGACUAUAAAUAUCUAAAGACUUUAAGUGACAUUGCUCAUGAUCGUUCAAAACGGCGGAGAUGUAUUCCUUCUUCUUAUUUUCCUCUCAGUCCUGAAUUCCAGUAUUUAGUAAUGCAUACUUUUCCAUUAUGUCUUUUCGAACCAGAUUUCUUAAUAUUCACCCUUUCGCAUUGUUAUUUUUACUGUAUUUUUUCGGUCUAUUUCCAUACUUCUUAUUAAUUUCAUCUUACUGUGCUAAUGUGAUGUGGUAACUUGGGCCAAUACGGAUCUGUCCCAGUCUCUGCGUUGAUAAUUACUGAUUGACCAAUUUAAGCUAACAUGCUGUAUGUAUGGUUUUGAUAACAGACUAAUAAUAAUAAAAGUAAACCAGUAUUCUUUGUAGGUUGUUAAGUAUCGAGUAUCCGUAUAUUUUUGUGUUUCACUCUUAACGACAAAUGUAGUAACAAACAUCACAUAAAUCACGCUUUCUUCAUUCGAAAAUUCAAAAACGUUUUAUAUCUUUUACUUGGAGAAAUAUUCGGUUGUUGAACUGUUUAGUUUUCAUUUUCCAUUAAUAAACUUGUAAAUAACUGAUCUUUAUAUCAAUUUCUUUUAAAUGAACUGGUUGAUAUUUGUUCUAUUAACGUGAUAAAUAAAUAUAUUAACUUUCUAAAAUAAUUAUUUUAUCAACAAAUAUCAAUCAUUGAUGUGGAACUGUAGUGAUUCACGUGAGUUUUUUUUAACUUUUGGACAGACAAAUUAUGAUCAUUUUGGGUUGUCAUUUACACAUAUAUUUUUGUCAACUAUUCACUUGUAAUUUCGAUGAUCUUUAUAUGUGGCUAUGUCAACUGACCAUGUAAUUUAUUCGUUAUCUGACUUUAGUAUCCUUUUAACUGUUUAGCAAUUAAUUCUGAUUCAUAUUUAUUACAAUCGAUUGCGUGAUGAAACGUACAUAUCCGAAACACUCGUUUUGGUCUUUGAUAUACCGUUGAUCCAAACGUUUAAAGUCUGUAGUGGUUGGUACUAUGUCAAGUCCACAUAGGCUAUUCCAGCUUUUGGAUAGAUCAAUCUAUUCAUUCUUCUCAAGUCACAUUUUGACCUUAUCAAUUAUUCGCUUGUUAGCUCUAACUGUUUUUAUAUAAUCG